UCUUAAUUAGCUAGUGGCUGGGAGCGGUGGGGUUGAGCACGACGCUGCGGCCCCGGCCUAGGCACGAUCUCUUAUCACUAAAGCAGUCCAUUGGACCUGCUGCCAGUCUCACGACAUGGAUCGCCAUCACCUCACUUGUCGCGCGACCCAGCUCCGGAGUGGCCUCUUGGUCCCGCUGCUUCUGCUAAUGAUGCUGGCGGACCUGGCGCUCUCGGUCCAACGUCACCCCCCGGUGGUGCUGGUGCCUGGUGAUUUGGGUAACCAGCUAGAAGCAAAGCUGGACAAACCAAAGGUUGUACACUAUCUUUGCUCCAAGAGGACGGACAGCUACUUCACACUCUGGCUGAACCUUGAGCUGCUUUUGCCUGUUAUCAUUGACUGCUGGAUUGACAAUAUCAGGCUGGUUUACAACAGAACAUCUCGGGCCACCCAGUUUCCUGAUGGUGUGGAUGUGCGUGUACCGGGCUUUGGGGAAACAUUUUCUUUGGAGUUCCUAGACCCCAGCAAAAGGACUGUGGGUUCCUAUUUCCACACUAUGGUGGAGAGCCUUGUGGGCUGGGGCUAUACACGGGGAGAAGACCUCCGAGGGGCUCCCUACGAUUGGCGCCGAGCUCCAAAUGAAAACGGGCCCUACUUCUUGGCCCUCCGAGAGAUGAUCGAGGAGAUGUACCAGAUGUAUGGGGGCCCCGUGGUGCUGGUCGCCCACAGUAUGGGCAACAUGUACACGCUCUACUUUCUGCAGCGGCAACCACAGGCCUGGAAGGACAAGUAUAUCCACGCCUUCAUUUCACUGGGUGCGCCCUGGGGGGGCGUGGCCAAGACCCUGCGCGUCCUGGCCUCAGGAGACAACAAUCGCAUCCCUGUUAUUGGGCCACUUAAGAUCCGGGAGCAGCAGCGAUCCGCUGUCUCCACCAGCUGGCUACUGCCAUACAACCACACCUGGUCACAUGACAAGGUAUUUGUGCACACGCCCACAACUAACUACACUCUCCGAGACUAUCACCAGUUCUUCCAGGACAUCAGAUUUGAAGAUGGCUGGUUCAUGAGGCAGGACACAGAAGGGCUGGUUGAAGCCAUGAUGCCACCUGGUGUGGAGCUACACUGCCUCUAUGGGACUGGCGUCCCCACACCAGACUCUUUCUACUAUGAGAGCUUUCCUGAUCGUGACCCAAAGAUCUGCUUUGGUGAUGGUGAUGGCACUGUGAACCUGGAGAGUGUCUUGCAGUGCCAGGCCUGGCAGAGCCGCCAAGAGCACAAAGUAUCAUUGCAGGAGCUGCCAGGAAGCGAACACAUUGAGAUGUUAGCCAAUGCCACUACCUUGGCUUAUCUGAAACGUGUGCUUUUCGAGCCUUGAUUCCUGUGCCAGGCUGGGCUGCUGGAUGGCUGGACCAUGGAGCAUCUCUUGGGCUCUGACCCUUUCAUGGCCUACAAGCUCGGUAAAAUGUUUGUGACCAUUAUUCGAGGUCCUAGGUCUUAGGCUGUGAGGCAUUUGCCUCAGGGGAUUGCUGUUUCUCAUUCUUCCUGUGUAGAAAGGCAGUGAAGAAGGAAGGCACAAAUAUGGAUUCAAAGGACAUUUGGUGGAAAGAAUGCUGCUACUGAUGGCAUUGCGACCUUAGACUGGCUCUGUGAGCUGGCUUGCUUGGCUCCUCACUCCAGUCCCCAGCUCGGGCCACGCAGUCUUCCUAGCUCUCUGGCCUUUCUCCUCUAGCCCACUGGGCCCUAACCUUCCUGUGAGGGAUGUUACUGAGCUGAGGUCCUGCCCUGGAAGGUUCCAUAGUGACUCUCAGGUGUCCUUCCCACACACUGGCUUCAGGUAGCCUACUGGUUAAGGCUGCUAGCCCCUGUGACCUCACUGGUGGACAUCCUGGGUGUGGCCUCCUGGAGGCAGUCCAGCACCCCUGCAGGCAGGGCAGUUUGUUGUGUUCUCCAUGAUUCCUCCAGGUCCUGGGAUAUUUAGAUUCCAUUCCUACCUCUCACCUCUAGCAGCGUCCUAGUCCUAGUUCUGGAUUGGGCAGCAGAGGACCCCUCAGUUCUGGGGGUCACAUCCUAGGACUCCUGAUCUCCUUGGCUGUGAUGUGAGGCCCAGUACUGAAGCUGGCUCUCUUGGUUCUGGGACUGUAUUUUAAGGAGAGCAGGAUUUCUAGCUUGGUACCUAAAAGAAAGGGAGCUCAAGGGAACAACUUUCCCUGAGCUACCUUCUUGAGAAUUUACCACCAUACUGCACACUGCUGUAGGGUAUUUCUGCCAUCCACUUGGGCUGGCACAAGGGACAAGAGGUGAUAGAGUUCCUGUCCAACACCUGCUCCCACCAGGCAACUAAACAGGUUUAGUUUGCCGGAGUUAGUCCAGAGAUUGAAAGGGUCCCCGAGAGCAAGGAGCAUAGCAUCCUAGCUAGGGGUUUUUUGUUUGCCCCAGGGAUGCUGCAUGGUCUCUGUGUGACAGCAGGGAUGGUGACUCUGGGCCUGUCUUAGGGACAGUGGACCUGACUAUAGGCUGAGACUUGGGUUAGCUGUUAGGUUGGAGUCCCCAAACCACUUUCAGGCUGGACUAUGUACACUGCCUUCCCACAAUGAUUCUCACUGGGCUUCCCUUGUUAGGCACAUUCCCACCAUCUCUCCCUCACCUGAUGGUGGUCCCCACCUGGGGCCCUGAGCAAGCUGUACCUCAAUUUUGGCAAUAAAAGUAUUCUGGAUGCUGUGAAGUGCCUUGUUCUGCACUGUGCAUGAAAGGAGGGCGGUGUCAAGUAGGAAGGUGUAUAGAGGUGAGCAAUUGGGCUGCUGCUUUUGCCGGUGUCUCACCAUUAUCCUCUGCCUUUGUUUCAUCCUUCUCUUCUUUUCUCUGGAAUCCAUUCCUCUACUGAGACCAAGGAACAGACCAGAACUGCAUCUCUUGGAUUUGGGCUUUUGUCCUCAUCCUGUUUCUGCCCAAUCAGUAGUCCCUAUAUGAUGCUCCAAAGCUGGGUGAGGGCGGGGUUAAAGGAUGGUCCUGCAAAUGAGCCUGGCUGGACUCCCUAGCCUCUGUCUUCCCUCAGCUUCUGUCUUUUGAACCUAAAGUUCAUUUUAGGAAGUCACGUCUUAUCGCCCGGCCUUCUGAGUCUGGACAGGAAUUCAUAGUAAGAGAUCAGGCACUGGCCAGCUCAGGUUCACCAUAAGAGCCCUUAGAAUUUUGCUUCAGAUGCUGGGAAACUGAUGCCAGCCCUGAAAACCCAGAUGUGGAAGACAUGGAACUCCAUGGACUCCUGUGAGCUUCCCUGUUCUCAAGGAUCCUAGUAGGAGGAAGAGAGACUAGAUUAAGACUGGGAUGGGCAGAGUGGUAUGAGUAGAGAUGACUAAGAAAUGGGAACACAUGGAUAUGGACAGAUGAAGGGAGUGUCUGAGAUAGGGAAAUAAUGCCGAGGGAGAGAGCCUGGUGCCACUGAAGAUGGUUAGUUCCAAUACUAGUUUCCCAAUUGAGUUGAUCAGGCUGUUGAUAUACUCUAUGGCCACUAGAGGGCGAUCUAAGCCGCACUGUUCCAGGUAUAAUGACUGCAGUGUUAGCCAGACAGUCCUGGAAGGAAGUGGUGGUCAAGAAAGGGGUAAUGAAGUAUGGACAUCCAAGCCCAGCUGCGCACCAGCCUAAGUGAAAGGUUGAUAACACAAAAAGAAGCCUCACUCCCAAGUCCUACUUGCUUGACCCCUACCCACACCCAUGCUAUCUUUUGUGAUGACCUUUCCAACUUUUUUUUUUUUUAAAGCCUUACUGGGACCUUAAUUUCAGAGAUUCAGAAAGGCACUCUACCAGCAUCAGCCAAUUUUCUUUUGACUUUCCUGAGCCUCAGCUUUGUUACCUGAUUGAGGAUAAAUAAAUAUAUCCUACAGGGAUGAUCCUGUAGAACAGGAAUGCCGAUGUUGGAAAGCCUCUGAUCCUGUGUCUUACACAGAGUGAGUAUUCAGCUGGAGAGUUUUAUAUGUGGACUUGAGACAGCAAAGCCAGAGAUCUUGAUGCAAGCCAGCAGGGUUCUCUAUGUAGCUAGCUAUUGCAAGGACAAAUGGGUGGCUGUCACCCAUUUGUCACUAGAUGGAGGGAGCAUUGAGUCGGACAGGCUGGGAGAACUGAUUCCAGAAUUAAAGGGUCAAGUUCAACUGACCUAAAUAAAUGCAGAUUCACUUAGGGAAUCCAGCUGCUGCCCAGGCUUCAAUACUUAUGUGUCUUCUCCCCCUAUACUAAUAGUCAUUGUCCUGAUGCCUUGUCUGUCUGUGGAUCUCACAUGGGGUAGGGAGUUUACAUCAAAGGAGUAUUGGUGGCCUCAUCCUGCUCCCCACCCUUACCCUGCCUCUUGCCUGGGAAUCAGAGGCUUGUGCUGGGAAACUUCUCUCAUCCUCAGAGUGAUAUAAGACUGCCUAUUGAUUUCCUGUCUUUAGACACUGUACAUGUUCUUUCUUGGUGCUGGAGCCUGAAUUCUCCUAAGAGUCCCUGCCAUGCUGUUGUCUGUCUGUCUGUGUUUUCCAUGGUGUUAACAACUCUGUUAAUGAACUGCAUACACCCAAUGAUCCAUCUUGGGGGUCCUCUUGCAUCAGAGAACUUUCAAGAAUUCUAAGCAGAGGAUACAACAAGGGUUCCUCAAGGACUGUCAUCCUAUAGGCCUAUAGGUGUUAAGUCUCAAAGAGACUCGGGGACAAAUUUGACAUACCAAAUUGGAUGCUGGCUGCCAGGCUCUUCCAGAACCUGUUACUGCCCACUCCUGGCACUUAACAUGCUUGCACUGCCCCUCCCCCCAACUUCUCCAGUCCUUGAGUUUGCUUCCCUUCCCUCAGCUUCUCUUUCCUAUAUAAACUCAGCCAUUUUGGCUACAUGCUCUUUUGGUUUUUCUCUUGGCCUCUCAGUCCAAGGCUCCUCUCUUCCUCCACUUGCUCUACCCCUCCCCUCCUCUCAUGGCCUGGUCUGUUCUGCUGGUCAUGUUCAUCUGGAGUCUUCCAGGUGCUUCUGGCAGUGCCCUCCCUCAUAUCUAUAAUAAAAACCUUUUCAGCCAUA